GCGGGGCCAAGGCGGCGGGGAGCCGCGGCCGCCAUCUUGUGCGUCGCCGGAGCCAGGCGGGCGGCCCGCAGCGUGGCGCCGCCCGAUCCCGCGCUGCUCCCGCCGCAGCCGCCGCCGCAGCCAGGGCCGCUGGCUCCCGCCCGGGGGCGGCGGCGGACGCCGGAGGGGAAAAGCUCUGUGCGGACGGGAUUCUCCCCCUGCGGGCCCGGCGGCGGCGGCCCCUCCUCCCGUCGCUCUCCGCGUCCCUCCCCGCGUCCCUCCCCGCGGGUUUGUGGCGCUGCGCCGGGGGAGGAUGAACGGAGGAUAAAUGGUGCCCAAGGCGGACAGCGGCACCUUCCUCCUCCUCUUUCUCCUGGUGCUGAGCAUCACCGAGCCGCUGCGGCCAGGUCCAGGACUAGCUUUGGCAAGACUCCUGUCAGAGCUCCGCUGCACCCCUGGGCAGUUUGCCUGUCGGAGUGGUACCAUCCAGUGCAUCCCUUCCAACUGGCAGUGUGAUGGGUGGCCCACCUGUGAGGAUGAGAGUGAUGAAGUUGACUGUCCAGGCUUGACAGGGGACCAACGAACUUACCAUGGGAAGGAGAAUGUGGACUCGAGGCACGGCAGAGGGAGAGGAGGGGACACCACUCGCUUCCACACCGUCAACGUGGCACAGCCUGUCCGCUUCAGCAGAAAGUGCCCAACAGGCUGGCACCACUACGAGGGCACAGCCAGCUGCUACCGAGUGUACCUGAGCGGGGAGAACUACUGGGACGCGGUGCAGACAUGCCAGCGCGUCAACGGCUCCCUCGCCACCUUCACCGCCGACCAGGAGCUGAGGUUCAUCCUGGCGCAGGAGUGGGACCUGGAAGAAAAAGCUUUUGUCAGGAAGGACCAGCGCAGGUUCUGGGUGGGAUACCAGUACGUGAUCACCAAUCGAAAUCACUCUCUGGAAGGUCACUGGGAAGUAGCUUACAAAGGCUCUUCAGAAGUGUUUUUGCCCCCUGACCCCAUCUUUGGCACGGCCAUGUCUGAGCAGGAGAACGUCCUCUGUGCUCAGCUGCAGUGUUUCCAUUUCCCCACGCUGCGGCACCACGGCUUGCACAGCUGGUACGCCGAGAACUGCUACGAGAAGUCCUCAUUCCUCUGCAAAAGGAGCCAGACCUGUGUUGACAUCAAGGACAACAUUGUAGAUGAAGGCUACUACUUCACUCCCAAGGGCAAUGACCCCUGCCUGAGCUGCACUUGCCACAAUGGGGAGCCUGAGAUGUGUGUGGCUGCGCUGUGCGAGCGGCCCCAGGGCUGCCAGCAGUACCGCAAGGACCCCAAGGAGUGCUGCAAGUUCACCUGCUUGGACCCAGAUGGCAACAGCCUCUUCGACUCCAUGGCUGGUGGGAUGCGACUGAUCGUGAGCUGCAUCUCCUCCUUCCUGAUCCUGUCGCUGCUGCUGUUCAUGGUGCACCGGCUGCGGCAGCGGCGCCGCGAGCGCAUCGAGUCCCUCAUCGGAGCCAACCUGCACCACUUCAACCUGGGCCGCAGGAUGCCCGGCUUCGAUUACGGUCCUGAUGGGUUUGGAACUGGCCUUACCCCACUGCACCUCUCAGAUGAUGGGGAGGGUGGAGCAUUUCACUUCCAUGAUCCACCUCCACCCUAUACUGCUUACAAGUACCCAGACAUUCAACACCCAGAUGACCCACCCCCUCCCUACGAGGCUUCUGUCAAUCCAGACAGCAUCCUUUGUUCCACGCCAGAUGGAGUUCUCUCUCAGACUGUGCAGAGCAGUCCUCCAUCACUAGGAAACUGUGACGUGUCCCCACAGCUUACAGAGGGCUCCCUUCCUCCCUCAGUUGGUCCUUCUCCAGUGGAGCUGGAAGACUCUGCUGACAGCAGCACCUUGCUCGUCCCUCCCGACACGCCGCUCGCCGAGACCGCGCCGGCGGAGCCCCUCCCGGGCAGCCGCCACAGCCACUGUUCUCUCAACACCAUUGUGUAGAGCAGUGAGCAGCCCCUGGCUGGGCAGAAAGGUUUAGCAGCUGUUUGCACAGACACACACUGAGCCGUGGCUUGGACUGCAGGUGGAAGCUCCACUCUGGCUUUUCUGAGCGCAGCUCUUUGGUUCUAGGUUAGCGUCGUGCCUCUGGUUCGUUGGCUGUCGUCAUUCGUUCACUAAUGGCUUGGUCCUGUACAUAGAUGGAUUUGGAGAGCUGCUCUUUCCUCCCAGGGGCUGUGGAAGAGAGUGCAGAGAAUUCCUUUGACUUCUAAGGAGGUGAAAAGUAUGGGCAGUUUUAAUGGUUUUGGUUUGAUUUCUUAACCUGAGAGGAAACAAAAAUCUACAUCAGAAAAAAGGCUGCUUGGAUUUGGCUGGAGCCAGGCUGGGGCACUCCCCUGCCAGCAGCUGCUUCCUCUCUUGCUCCAGUGCUGCACUUGGAAGAGAAGAUGGAACUGCAGGGGGGAAGGGCUGGGGGCCUGCUCUGCAGAGUGGGAGCACUGAGGAGCUAAUACACAUGGCACCAAGUAGGAGUCAAGCUUGGAUCUGCCUGGCUGCUGCGGAGCGCUGCGGGGACUGGGAGCCGAAGGAUCUGCACCAUGGGGGACAAGUGGGUGAGGGAGAAGGUGGAUUUGCCAUCACUUGUUGUUGGUAGCUGCAGAAUCUCUUACUGUUGGGUAAAUUUCUGGCCCCUAAAGAAAUCUGUGUCACAUCUGUGUCCCUUGAGCAGAAUCCUCGUGUGUUAGGCUGUGCCUGAGGGAAGAGAUGGGCAGCAGGUGCCUGGGAUGCAGCCUGAGUUCACUACAGAUGCCCCUGCUGGUGGCAGCCCCAUGAGGCAGACCCAGGUGUUUCUCACUACAGGUUAACUCCUUUGCAGGGAAGAGUCACCCAAGCCUGGCCUGCAGAGCAGAGCAUUGUUCUGGCUCUUCUUGCUGCAUGCUAGAUUUAGCCUGUGAGUGUUCCCUGCCUCCGAUUCACUUCUGUACAGUUCCACAAGUGCCCCUUGAAAGCCUGAUCACCAUGCACUGCACUGGUGCUGAACUGCACACUCCUUCCUUACCCAAGCCCUCCAGUCCUAGGCAUUUCCCCUCUGCCCCCCCAAACCAUUUAUCCAGGGUCCCAGGAGGGUUUCUGAUGAGGUCAGUGUAGUUCAGUCUAUAAAGCAGCUUGCUUCACUCAGAUGUCAUUUGGAACUUCCCCCUCAGGCUGAACUCCUGCAGUUCGUUUACCCCAUGGCAGAGAGGUGGAGACCCAAAGCCAGGCACUGCUGGGUUGGAUUAAUGAGUGCAAAACAAUCUUUAGGGGUGACUUGGAAUUUGAGUUUGGAUUUUGGUGUGCAGACCAUUCACCCUUUCCCCCCCAUCCUCCUCCUGUUUCUGCUGCUUCUUGACUUGCUGUAGCAGCCAGCAGAUGAGAGGAAUUCUAAGGACUCUGUACCCAAUGCUCCUCUGAGUGUUCUUCUGUUACCUUAUGAAGGGUGUGAGCCUCGAGGGACCUGAAGCACACACUGCAUGGGGGGUGGCUGUGAUCUAUUUUUCUAGUGAAAUCAUACUGGUAUGACAAAUCCAAACCCACUCUUGUGGCUUCCCAGUGCAGCUGACUCUUUCCCCAUUGGAUGUGCUGCUACUUUCUCUUCUGUGUCUUGCCUGUAGGCUUAUACUGUACGUGGGGAUGGGUCUUGACAAUUCAGCUCCCUUCUGCACAGGAAGUGUGGGGUUCCUUCCUGAGCUCAUAGCUGGUGUCUUGAAAUUAGACACUUGCCAACAGCCUUGACUCCAUCAGAGAGCCUGAGCCACAGUUCUGGGCUGUGCUGCUGGCUCAGCAGUGGGAGGAAGCACUGUUAGGAAGCCUCUCCGGCCGGAGCCGGCCCUGCCGCAGCCUCCUGCGCUCUGCUUUGGCUCCAGCAGGUAAUGAGAGGAGCAGUUCCCCACCCUGGGGCAUCUCUCCACCGUCUCCUGCUCUAAGCCGAAGCCCUGGUGUAAGGCAGGGCAUGGGGAGCAGCAGUCAGCAGCCUGUGUGCAGGUGGCUGGGCGUCUGCAGUGUGAGCCUGCAGCAGGGUUUGUGCAGUUUUGAGCACACUCCUACCUUUUAUACAAUGUAGGGACUGAGCUUGCUUUGUUUCUAGGUACAAGUGUGUGAGUGUGGCUGUGUGAGUGUGUGUGUCUGGGUGCUGAGAUCUCUGUGUACAUACUGUAGAUGGUAACCUUUGUGCUGUGUCCAGCUAGGUGAAGCUAAGCACUGGGACAUCAACUAGGCUCCUAGGGUCAGUACUUCUCUCAAGCUGGCUACACUCUGUUGUAGGACAGGCUGUGCAAAGUCUAUGCUACUACAAUCUGGGCCUGAAAGACCUUCUGGUAGCUGUGCAAACCAGAAAGCUUCCAACUUCUUCUGAAGCCAGAUGGAAUCUUUGUAGUAUCCUAGGGCAAUAACUAAAGGCCUUUGGGCUGGGUGUAGCCUCUGAAGCUGUUUUGUGGCUGAGGUGAACCUUACCUCACACCUCCCUAACGCUGCAGGAAUCUGUUGGAUACUUUUCUAGUUUACUUUUGGUUCUGUGGUGAACUUUCUUUGGAAAUAAGCUCUGUUGCAACUGGCAGCUUGAUGGUGGCUCCUGGUUGUAGCUGUUCCACAUGGAGGCCCCUUGGCAGAAGCCUCCUUGUGAUACAUUUUCCCUGUUACUUCUGAGCCUUUCCCCCUUGUCUGUUGGCCUGGAGGCUGUCAGUUGCUCUCCUUUUCCUUCUAUCCUUCUUCAUCGUAACUGUCAGCAGGGGAAACUUUCCUUGAACAGAGCAGCUCACAGAGUUCAGCUCCUUUACCUCUUGGUGAGCUUCUAAUUUGGCAAUAAAAUUGUCCUUUCCCCCCCUUUUUAGUGUAGCUUUUCCACACCAAGUCCUUUCCCUUGGAGUAAGAACCUUUGUAGCAGAAAACAUCACAACUGCUCAGCCCUGGAGCAGCUGGGGAGGAGCUGCUCUGCUGGCAGCAGCUGGCUCCUCAGCGAGCCUGCCCUGCCCUUGGCAAGGUGGCUGGUGAGCAGUUUGUCCUGAGCAUCAGUUGCAGAGGGCUGCUGCUUGCCUGAGGAAGACCUUUUCAUGCUGAUCUCCAUGAGCUUGAGAUCUUUGCAGCUCAUUUGCCUAUUGCUUUUUUUAUUUAUUUAUUCC